CCUGUAAACAAAAUCCUACUAAAAUUUCAGCAUAGACUUUUCUCCCCACUUCUAUCUCUUUUUUUCUCUCUGUCUGUAUCUCUUAUUCUCGCCGGAAAACUCGCUGGCCGACGGCGGCAACAACACGACAAACUCAAACAUACGUCACGUCAUCUCCAAAAACCCGAGAAAACCCCUCUCUCUCUCUCUCAUGCUCUGAACUUGCAACCUCUAAGAAACCUCCAUGGGCAACUGCAACGCAUGCGUGCGAGGAAACGACGCCGUUUCUGACGAGAACAACAACAAAAACCCCAACGGCCAGGGCCGUAAGGACAAGAAAACCCGCCCGAACCCAUUCGCUGAGGAAGGCCUACUACGGCACUCCCCAGCCCCGAUCCGUGUGCUGAAAGACGUGAUUCCGGUGGGCCCGCACCGGACCAGAAUCACGGACAAGUAUGUUUUGGGUCGUGAACUGGGCCGGGGCGAGUUCGGGAUCACGUACCUUUGUACGGACCGGGAAACAAAGCAGGAGCUAGCCUGCAAGUCCAUCUCGAAGCGGAAACUUCGCACCGCCGUGGACGUGGAAGACGUCCGGCGGGAGGUGGCGAUCAUGAACGCGCUUCCUGACCACCCGAACGUGGUGAAGUUGAGGGCGACUUACGAGGACGACGAGAACGUUCACCUUGUGAUGGAGCUUUGUGCUGGCGGCGAGCUUUUUGACCGGAUCGUGGCGAGAGGACACUACAGCGAGCGCGCGGCGGCGAACGUGGCAAGGACAAUUGCAGAGGUGGUGAGGAUGUGUCACGUCAACGGUGUCAUGCAUCGGGACCUGAAGCCGGAGAAUUUCUUGUUUGCGAAUAAGAAGGAGAACUCGGUUCUUAAGGCCAUUGACUUUGGACUCUCCGUGUUCUUCAAGCCUGGAGAGAGGUUUACGGAGAUCGUUGGGAGUCCGUACUAUAUGGCGCCGGAGGUAUUGAAGAGGAACUAUGGGCCCGAAGUGGAUGUGUGGAGUGCUGGCGUCAUUCUUUAUAUUUUGUUGUGUGGAGUUCCUCCGUUUUGGGCAGAGACCGAACAAGGGGUUGCAUUAGCAAUUUUGAGGGGAGUGAUUGACUUCAAGAGGGAGCCAUGGCCGCAGAUAUCAGAUAGUGCUAAGAGCCUCGUGAGGCAGAUGCUGGAGCCUGAUCCUAAGAAGCGGUUGACAGCGGAGCAGGUUCUUGAACAUUCCUGGCUACAGAAUGCAAAGAAAGCUUCAAAUGUUCCGUUAGGAGAUAUUGUGAGGACAAGGCUUAAGCAGUUCUCUGUGAUGAACAGAUUCAAAAAGAGAGCUCUUCGGGUGAUUGCUGAACAUUUAUCUGUUGAAGAGGUAGAAAUAAUCAAAGAUAUGUUUACAUUGAUGGAUACUGACAGAGAUGGCAAAGUAACGUACGAGGAACUUAAGGCCGGGUUGAAGAAGGUUGGUUCGCAAUUGGCUGAGCCAGAGAUAAGGAUGCUGAUGGAAGUGGCUGAUGUUGAUGGGAAUGGAGUACUGGACUAUGGAGAGUUUGUAGCUGUGACGAUUCACUUGCAAAGAAUGGAGAAUGAUGAGCAUAUCCGCAAAGCAUUCACGUUUUUUGACAAAGAUGGGAGUGGCUAUAUUGAGUUAGAUGAGCUAGAGGAAGCAUUGCUGGAUGAGACUGGAGAAACUGAUAAGGAUGUAUUGAAUGACAUCAUGCGAGAAGUCGACACUGACAAGGAUGGUCGAAUCAGCUAUGACGAAUUUGUAGCCAUGAUGAAGACAGGAACUGACUGGAGAAAAGCAUCAAGGCAGUAUUCAAGGGAGAGAUUCAAAAGCUUAAGCAUAAAUUUGAUGAAGGAUGGUUCGCUUCAGCUUCAUGAUGCGGUUAGUGGCCAAGCUAUAGUGGUUUGAGUAUACAAAGUAUAUUUCUCAAUUUCACAUUUCCCCCUUCACCACUUACUAUUCUUGAGAGCAUGGCUUUUGGAAUCUCUCUGGCAAAUUUUGGGUUGGAGCAUUUUGAAGCAUAACUGAUUGAUAUACAUAUCUACCUUGGGUUUGAGUUGGGUAGUUUAGGUUUUCUGAGUUUGAUUUGGGUGUUAGGUGCCUCUGAAGUAAAUGAGUUGGAGGGUUUGCAUACUAAUGUUUUGUUAAAUAUGUGAUCUUGUCAGCAAAGGUUGUGGGGGAGGCACAUGCUGCAAGCUUUCAAAAUGUCACACAUAUCUAUAUUCUUUGUAUAUCUUUGUCCUGUUGUUAUUUGUGUUUGAUAAUUCCAUUGGUAAAUGUGAUUUUUCUAA